UCGGCUCGAUGUCGUCGCCUUGUCGCAGUUGUGUUUCGCGUCUCCAAACGUUGAGUUCACUCUUAAAGUCGCUCUCUUAAGUCACUCAAACUCACUCACACUCUCAAACGAACGGACACAAACAAAUAAGCUUCACUCAAUUUUUUUUUUGCUUGCAACGCGCGCAACAAAAACGAAUUCUUUUUUUUUUACUGUGUAUUAAAUUGAUUAAUUUGUAAUUUUUGCCGAUUUGAUCAAAGUGCAUAUUGAUCAUAUUGUUGUUGCCGCCAAAAGGAUACACAGGAUAACAUACAUAACGUAGUUUCAAGAUGGCCAAUUUUGUAAACCGCUCGUUGUUGCUGUUGCUUUUGGCCAGCUGUAUUUUGUUGGCUGUGAAUGGGAAAUCCGUGAGUCGACGCACCGAUAAAAUCUCCGAGAACUUUAAGCAGCUCGAUUUGCCACCAGAGGAGAUUGAUCCGAAUGUGGCGCCACCAGAGCCCCAAAAAUUGGAUGCAAAUGAUGCAGAGACUGCACUUUCAGAUCCCGUGGCAGUUGCAAGUCCAACUUCCACUUCGGCUGCUGUGGUUGAUGAGAGCAUCAAUGAAAUCGCUAGUGAAAUCGCUAGUGAAAAUGCAGCAGAUUCCGCAGCUGUGGCAGACUCCGCUCCAGUUGCCACAACUGCGGUGGCAACAGCAACAGCAACAGCAAAACCGAAGCCAAAACCCACAAAAACGACUGCAAAACCGACGGAAGAUAAUCCGAUUAGUCGGUACUGCAAGUGCACAGAGUCGCAUUGCGAUUGUUGCCGUAAAUUUGGGCUGCCACUGCUGCCCAGUGGUCCGGGCUGUGCCAAAAUCUCGUAUCUGGGCAACGAUGAGAUGAGUGUGUCGCUUAAAUUCGGUGAAAUCACCCUCGCCUCCCGUCGCAUCUCCAGCAAACGUGCUCGGCCCAUUUGUGUGAGCAUGCCCGGCGGUUAUUCCAAGUUCUGCGGCCGUGUGUACGGCUUAUCCCAGGCCAAGGAGAACUUCAAGGCCUGCCUUGCCUUCGAGCUGCGUGCCGAGGAUGACAUUGAGGCGCAGUUGCCCAUCUCCUGCUUCAAAUUCGGUGCCGAGGGAUUGCGCGUCGCAGAGGCAGAGCCGUUACCCACCAAGGUAAAGCAGCCGGAGGAGGAUGAUGAUGAUGACAUCUUUGGUUUUGGUGCUGGCGGCGAUGAUGACGAUGAGGAUGAGGAUGAUUACGACGAUGCCGAGGAGGCUUCGGCAGAGGACGACGAUACGGAUGAUGAUUACACGGAAGACGAUGAUACCGAAGCACCCGAAGAUGCCGAUUACGGUGGCUUCAGUCUGGGCGGUUUACUGGACGAGCUCGACGACGAUGAGGAUGAGAAGCCGGUGAAGAAACCCGUGACGGCUGUGACAGCAGUCGUGACUGCUCCCGUCGAUCAGACCCGUGAGCAGAGCACGGAUCUGGUUCAGAGCAAGGAUGAGGCCGGAACGGUUGCAGCUGCUACAGUUGCCACGCCCCUGGCCGAGGAGGCGGCCGCAGCGGUGGAGGCGGCCACAACCCCAGCCACAACCUCAACCUCAACCUCUAACAAAAAGAAGUCCAAGAAGGCGAAAAAGAACAAGAAGAAGAAGAAGGCGGCCACAAAUGCGGCGAGCGAAACGGAAACCGAUUUCGCCUAUGAGUUAUUCAAUGGCAUUCUGGAUUUUUUCAAUUGAGCGGCCAACGUGAAUUUGCCAACAUGUUUGGCAACACUGUAAAUACCUUGUAUCGACGUUGAGCUGCCCACAUGAGAAAAAGAAGAAGAAGAAAAGACGAAAAUAUGAAGGAGAA